GGAGAGGGAGAGAGAGAGAGAGGAAAAAUGGAAGAGAGCCCAAAGGAGUUGGAGAUGAUGAAAAGGACGGAAGCUCUAAGUAUUGAAGCAGGCCAAGUAGCAACGAGCCAAACGCAGCAUGGGUACGGGACGACCUCAGCUCAUACCGUGGACAAAGAUUCGUGGCAGCAAGUGGCGCUAUUGCUGGUCACCGGCUUCAACUGUGCCUAUGUGCUGAGCUUCUCCAAUUUGAUGCUGGUGCCUCUCGGUUGGGCUUGGGGCCUGACCUGCCUGGCAGUCAUUGGGGCCUUCACCUACUAUGCUAAUUGGCUCUUGGCUGAUUUCCAUGUGAUCGAUGGCCAGAGAUUCAUUAGAUACAGGGAUCUCAUGGGCUUCGCAUUUGGAAGAAGAAUGUACUACCUCACUUGGUUCUUGCAGUUCACGACCCUACUUCUUGGGAACAUGGGUUUCAUUCUUCUAGGAGCAAGGGCCUUAAAGGGGAUCAAUUCAGAGUUCAGUAACUCUCCCAUGAGGCUUCAAGUGUACAUCAUUGCAACUGGUGUCGUCUACUUUGUCUUUGCAUACCUAGUACCCACAAUGUCUGCCAUGAGGAAUUGGUUGGCUACUUCUGCAAUCCUCACCAUAGCUUACGAUGUGGUUCUCAUAGUGAUCCUAAUCAAAGAUGGGAGAAGAGAUAAAACAAAAGAUUACCAAAUACAUGGAAGUGAAGUAGAAAAAUUCUUCAAUGCCUUCGGUGCAGUUGCUGCGAUUCUUUUUGGCAACACUUCUGGGAUGCUGCCAGAAAUUCAGUCGACUCUUCACAAGCCGGUGGUGACUAACAUGAGAAAAGCAUUGACCAUGCAAUACACUGCUGGCCUUGCAAUCUAUUAUGGUGUGACCAUACUUGGUUAUUGGGCAUAUGGCUCAGCUGUUUCAGAAUAUCUCCCAACUCAGUUGAGUGGGCCUAGAUGGGCAAAUGUGCUGGUUAACUGCACUGCCUUCUUGCAAAGUGCAGUCUCCCAACAUCUGUUCUGCGCACCGAUACAUGAGGCUCUUGACACCAAGUUUCAGAGAGUCGACGAGACCAUGUUUUCUGAAAGCAACCUCAUUCGCCGGUUCUUCUUGAGAGCAUUAGUUUUGGGGGGAAACACAUUUGUGACAGCCUUGGUUCCAUUCAUGGGAGAUUUCGUAAACUUGGUCGGUUCUUUUACACUCUUUUCCUUGACGUUUGUAUUUCCUAGCAUGAUCUUCAUCAAGAUCAAAGGGAAGACUGCAAGUGGAGUGGAGAAUGCGUGGCAUUUGGCCAAUAUUGUUUUCUUCUCGAUACUAUCCAUUGUGACUACAGCUGCUGCUGUUCGAUUGAUAAUAAAUAAUGCCAGGAUAUACCGUUUCUUCGCAGACACAUGAGGUUACAAGGAUUCGAUACAUGAUUGUAUCAAAAAGUAUGGGAAGAGAUGGUUGGUACCGUACGAAUGAUUUAGCAAAUCUCAACCAUCUCAGAAGUACAUGUAACCUUGAUUCUUUAAGUUGCAUGUUUGAAGCAUAUCCCAGCUUCGGCACAAUGGUCGUAUAUAUAUAUAUAUAUAUAUGUAUGUAUGUAUGUAUGUAUUCAAAUCAUGGUUUGGUGUACGUGUGAUAUAAAAUGUUAUAUGCAAUGAAAUAUGAAGUUUCAUUACUUCCA